AUGCGUGAUUUUAUUGUGGAUGAUGAAAAUGAUGAAUUUGAUUAUCGAAAAGAACUUCAAGAAACUUUAAAGAAAAAUUUCGGUUUUGAUAAAGAAAAAUAUCGUAGACGAUUUUUAUAUGAUGAUGAGGAUGAAGACUUAAAAAAUAUGGAAUCAUCAUUUGAUCGAAUAGAACAAGAAGAAGAAUUCAGUCGACGACAAGGUUUACAAGAAGAUAUUGAAGAUAUUUUACGUGAAGAAGCGGAGAAAAAGAAACGUCUUGCACAAAUGAAAAAACGUCCUAAAACAGCGGCAUAA